AUGAUAUUUAUCCUCGUGUGGAUUACGACUUUUAAGAACGCAUAUCGGAUAGACGCCGCCAUUCGACCGAGAAUCCGAGUUAACUGGCUCGAGCAAGCGGACCAUAAAAUAUUCGACAUCACUUUCUUUGGCAUUGUGACACAAUGUCUUCUCGCGGUCCUUGGGUACGGCUGGGUGUAUGCGUUUACAAGGCGAUCGAAACUCGCAAUCUUUGCGGCACUGCCAUCUUUUCUCCUUAAUAUCCUCUAUCUUGGGACACAUAACCUUUCCGCUGCCCUUGAUGUUUUUACGUGGCUUUCCUACGGUGUUCUGCAUUUCCUGUCCCCGUUCCUCGCAGCGUUCUGGCUCUGGCUAUUCGCCCCGCCAGGUGUCGUGUCUAUUUUCGCAUGGUCCUUCGGCAUCCAAAACUGUCUAGGAAUAAUUACGCACCUUUCUUUCCCUACAGCGGCUCCAUGGUAUGGUGAUCAGUACGGGUAUCCUCUCCCCCCGGGGAACUAUUCUAUGCCAGGUUCUGCAGCGGGCCUCGUCCGAGUCGACAAAGUCCUAGGAACUCAUAUAUACCAAAAUGCCUUCAAGGCCUCCCCACUCGUUUUCGGCGCUUUUCCUUCUCUUCACGGCGCAUUCAGCUGUUGCUGCUUUUUCUUCAUCGCUCGAUAUUCCCGCAAAGGCGCUUUCAUGCUCGGAUUCUACGUCCUGUGGCAGUGGUUCUCGACUAUAUACCUACGGCAUCAUUGGCGCAUUGAUCUCUUAAGUGGGCUCAUAUAUUCAGCAUUUGCGUUUUCGAUAUUCUACCGGAGUUUGGUACGCAUGGAUAAGAUGUAUGCCGCUGGAUUUUCCGGCGACAAUGGAUGGCAACGGUUAUUUGCGGGUACGAGGUUACAACGUGUGUUUGAUGGGAAUCUUGAGGCGGAGUAUAGCAUUGUCAUGGAGUCGCGUCUUGAUAGAGAGAGCUUGGAUGGGGUUGAGGUGGAUGAUGGCAGGGAGCAGGAUCUGGAGUCUGCAUGGUUAACUGGCGCUUCACAACAGGGAUAUAAGUCUAAGGCUUUUGAUUAG